GGUAUUGCAAAUGCAUUGCUACGUUCAUUGAAAUGUCAAAUGUUUUAACGUAUGGAUAUUUUUAUGGUGUAUGGCUUUUAAAUCGUUUAUUCUGUGUUCAAUUUUAUGCUAAUCUAGUGCGACGUAUUAGAGCAAUGACAGAUUUUAAAGUUGUACGUGUCAAACAAGGUGAAUUACGUGGACGUGCUGAAUAUAAUUUUAAUGGGGAAAAAUUUUAUUCUUAUAAAGGAAUACCGUAUGCGGCACCGCCAGUUGGAAAACUUAGAUUUAAGGCUCCAAGACCGCCGCAUUCAUGGGAAGGUGUUAGGGAUGCUUUGGAGGAAGGUUCACCUUGCAGAUCACGAGAUUUUAUAAACAUUACUCAAUUUGUUGGCAGUGAAGAUUGUUUAUACUUAAAUGUGUAUGCUUCAGAGAAACCAGACAAUGAUAAGAAACCAGUUAUGGUUUUUGUCCAUGGGGGAGGAUUUAUGACUGGAUCAUCAACAAGCGAUUUUUAUGGACCUCAAUUUCUUUUAACUGAAGAUAUCGUUUUGGUUACGCUUAAUUAUCGUCUUGGAGCAUUUGGCUUUUUAGCAUUUGAGAAUCCUUCAAUUGAAUGUCCUGGAAACCAAGGUAUGAAAGAUGUUUUACAAGCAUUAAAAUGGGUAAAAGAAAAUAUUAGCGUGUUUCAUGGUGAUCCUGAUAAUGUUACGCUGUUUGGAGAAAGUGCCGGUGCAGCAAUUGUUCAUUAUCUAACAUUUGCACCAGAAGCAUGGGAUUAUUUUCAUAAGAUAAUCUGUCAGAGUGGUUCUGCAAAUGCGGAUUGGGCAUAUGAUCGUUCAAGACCACAUGAGUUAGCUAAAGAAUUAGGAUUUGUCUCAGAUAAUGAUCAAGAAGUAUAUGAAUUUUUAGUAUCUGUACCAGAAGAAGAAAUUGCUGAAGCUCAAGAAAAAUUGAUUACAUAUGAAGACUUAAGGGAAGGAAUCACAGCAGUUUGGUGUCCAGUUAUUGAAGUUUUAUGUGACAAUGAACCUAAUCUUAUUGUCGAACAUCCAUUUACGACAAUGGCGAAAGGAAAUUAUUAUGACUGUCCAUCAAUUUUCGGAUAUAACACCGAUGAGGGAUUAUUAUUUUUAUCGGCUCAUGGUCCUACGGGUUUAUUUUUAAAUCCUGAAUUUAACGAUCCAGAAGUAACAGUACCACGUUCAAUGCAUUUGGUUCGUGGCUCAGAUGAAUCAAAGAAACUUGGAGAAAUUAUCAAAAAGUUUUAUUAUGGUCAAUCAAUUCCAUCAAUCAUUAACAUUGUACCUUUUAUUAAGAUUAUGACUGAUAUUGUAUUUUCGGUUGCAAUACAUUAUGCUGUUCGACGAAAUGCAGAAAAUUUAACAAGUCCUGUCUACUAUUAUCGUUUCAACGUCGAUUCUCCACUAAGCUUAAUCAAAAAAUUCUUCCAAAUUAAGUAUCCGGGUGUGGCACAUGGUGAUGAUUUAGCUUAUUUAUUUAACAACGUUUUAACACCUUUAAAAUUGGAUAAACAAUCUCUUGAAUAUAAAACAAUGUAUCGUUUCGUUAAAAUGUGGACACAAUUCGCACGUACAUCAAAUCCAAACGUUGAAGAUGAUCCACUAAUUAAUAUCGACUGGAAACCAUCGAAUGAUAACGAUACGUUUUGUUUACAUUUAGACGAAGAAUUAUCAUAUGGUGUGAAUCCAGAUUUACAACGGAUUAAAUUUUGGCAGAAUUUAGUUGAUACACAUUUGGAAAAAUUCAAGGCGUAUGUUAAACGAGAAAAUUCAACAAUACAAUCGAAAUCCCAACUUCGAAUGAGUACAUUAGGUAAUAUUGGUCGUAAAUUGAGAAAAUUGUCCUUAGACAGUGCUCAGGAAGAACAAAGUCAAGUUGAGACGGGUGAAGCUUCUAAACGCCAAGGAAAGUUAAAAGGUAAAAAAAAUUUGGACAUUUACGAAAAUGAGUUUUACAGUUUUGAAGGGAUACCAUAUGGAAAACCACCAAUUGGAGAUUUAAGAUUUAAGCCUCCAUUACCUGCAGAGCCCUGGGAAGGUGUAUUUGAUGGUACAAUUGGAACCAAAGUAUGUCCAUCUUAUCUCAAUGUACUAAGUUAUCCCGAUUUGGUUGAUGAAGAUUGUUUAAGAGUUAACGUUUACACACCAUUAGGAAAUGAAUCACAAGAAAAAUUACCUGUGAUGGUAUGGAUACAUGGAGGUGGAUUUUUUUCUGGUUCUGGAAACUCAGAUAUUUAUGGCCCGGAUUAUUUAAUGGCUAAAAAUGUAGUUUUAGUAACAAUUAACUAUCGUUUGGGAUAUUUAGGUUUCCUCAGUCUUAAGGAUCCAACGUGUGAAGUAACUGGCAAUGCUGGAUUAAAAGACCAAACACAAGCUUUACUUUGGGUACAAAAGAAUAUUUCCACUUUUGGAGGUGAUCCAAAUAAUGUUACAAUCUUUGGUCAAAGUGCAGGCUCGGCUUCCAUAAGUUAUCAUAUUUUAUCGCCAUUAUCAAAAGGCUUAUUUCAUAAAGCAAUAUUGCAAAGUGGUGUGGUCUUGAAUCCUUGGGCAAGACAAGCUCGUCAGGAUUAUGAAUUUAUUCGAUUAAUGGGUUGUACAUCAACAGACGAUAAAGAAAUUUUGGAAUUUGUACAAAAUCAAAAAUUGGAGGAUAUUUUAAAUGCUCAAACAGCUUCUUUCCCUCUCGAGGUCCAAUCAUGCGGCGAAAUAUGUGAGAUAUCACCAAACGUAGAACCGAACAUACCAUCAGCAUUUUUACCCGACACACCAGAAAAUAUUUUACGCGAAGGUCGUUUUAAUGAUGUUCCAAUAAUGAUUGGAGUAACCGAUACAGAAGGUUUACUAAUGGAUAUGCAUUUCUUUAUUGAAUUCAAAAAAUACCAAUUUGAUAACGAUGUACUUAUUCCUCGUGGCUUACAGGAAAAAUUGAAAUCAAAGGAAGAAAUUGUGAAAACUGUUAAAAAAAUUAAGGAAUUUUAUAAAAUUACUGACAUUAAAAGUAUGACAGAUUAUUGGACCGAUGUUUUAUUUGCACACCAAAGUCAAGUUUUUGCAACCGAAUUCUCACGGAAAGCAAGUAAUCCAGUUUACAAUUAUUUAUUUAGAAUCAGUGUUGAUGAUUUUAAAUUUAGUUGCAAAUUAUUUAACUGGGAUGUAUAUGAAGGUGCGAAUCAUGGUGAUGAUUUACCAUAUUUAUUUAAAUCAGCAUUGGGUCCUUUUGUAACGCCAAAUACACCAGAAGCUGCAGGUAUACAUAUAAUGACGACAUUAUGGACGAAUUUUGCCAAAACUGGUAAUCCAAAUCCAGCAACAUCUGAUCCACAUAUAAAUGUAGAAUGGAAACCUUUUACGCCAAAUGAUGAAAAUUAUUUGGAAAUUGAUUUAAAACCACAACCAAAGAAAAGUUUAUUGAAAGAACGAAUUCAGUUUUGGAAUAAUUUGUACAAACAAUAAUUUUAAGUAUAUGCAUGGCCUCGAGAAGAA